AUGCAGCUUGCUGAUCCUCGCUUCUUUGAGCCGAAUCGCAUCGAUGCUAUCAUCGGAGCCGAAGUGUACUAUCGUCUACUGCUAGAAGGUUUCGUCGACCUCGGACCGGAACUACCCCAGUUGAAGGAAACGGUAAGGGUCGGUGUGUGUGAUAUAGUAUCCGGAAAAGUGAAAACGGUGGACUCGAGCCUGUCUGCCACCACGCUAGUCUGCAGCAACGCAGAUUUGGAGAUUCAGCUUGCUCGCUUCUGGGAAGUUGAGUCGUGCAAUAGCAACGAGACCUUCUUCACGGAAGAACGGAAAUGCGAAACUCAUUUUGCCGCCACCACAAUUCGAGACUCCACUGGAAGAUUCGUUGUGUCAUUGCUGAAGAAACCAGAUGUUCUGGACAGGUUGGGAGACUCUCGUUCCAUCGCAAUUCGGCGCUUUUUGUCCCUGGAACGACGACUUCAGCCGAAUCGUUCACUGUUGGAGGCGUACACCGAUUUCAUACUGGAGUACGUUCAUCUAGGUGGACACAUGGCACCGAUCGAUGCUAGCGCAGAAGUUCCCGGGCAGAAGUCCUAUUAUAUGGCUCACCAUUGCAUAGUUCGACCGGAGAGUGUCACGACGAAACUCCGAGUCGUCUUAGAUGCGUCGUGCCCCACUGAUACUGGUGUUUCGCUGAAUGACACACUGAUGGUGGGUCCAGUUGUCCAGGACGAGUUGUAUAGCAUCAUCCUACGGUUCAGACUUCCUCGCUUCGUCAUCGUCGCUGAUUUGCAGAUAAUGUACCGGCAAGCGUUGGUAUCUCCGUCUGAUCGGCCCUUGCAACGUAUUUUGUUUCGAUUGUCACCGUCGGACCCCCUCCAAACUUUCGAACUGCUGACAGUUACGUAUGGUACGGCGGCAGCUCCAUACCUGGCGACACGUUGGCUCCAGCAACUCGCCUCUGACGGCGAAUCGACUCACCCAAAGGCCGCAGAGGUGGUGUCAAAAGACUUCUACAUUGACGAUCUGCUUACAGGAGUGGCAUCGGAAGAAGAAGGCGUUGAUCUUUGCCGAGAGCUGAUUGAUCUCUAG